GUUAUGUACGCAAGUGUAUCCGGACUUGCGCAUAAAUCUGACAUUGCAAAGUGCGUAUUUCUACCAAUCAGUCGUUGUGGGGCGAGGCUGUUAUUUAGAAGCUUUCUGAUUUAAUACAAAACUAACAAGAUGGCUGUCGCGUUGUUAUGACAAGAGAUACGUCAAAUUCAUAAUAUUUCGCAAAGUAUACUGGGCCGGCGUUUAUGGUAUCUCUCAAUUUCCUUGCAAUAAUUAAAAACUGUUCCUGACUCCUUGAUGUACACACAAACAAUAAAAAUGCCGGUCCAGAAGGAUUCAAAUAUUGUGAAAAUUGCUGUUCAAAUGACUGAACAAGUGGCACAACUUAUUGAAUUUAAUCAAAAACAUCCACUUACUGGAAUUAUUCAGGAACUGUGCAAUGGGUGGGGUCUUUCUGAUCCUGAAUCAUAUUCAUUACAAUUUUCUGAAAAUAAUCAAAAUUAUAUCACAGAAAAAAAUCGCAAUGAAGUAAAAAAUGGUAGUAUUUUAAGACUAGAGUUUUCUCCUUCUAAAACAGCAUGUGAUAUUUUAACAAAAUUGAACAAUGGGGCUAUGGAUGAAAAAGCUGCAGCUUUGCAAAAAUUAAGCACUCUUAGCACAGAUAUGACAUUUGCAUUGGAAUUUAUUAAUAAGCAAGGUUUAGCUUUAAUUAUAUCACAGGUUGAAGGUGGAAAGUAUAAAGGAAAUGCACUUGCAUAUUCACUUCAAUCAUUUGUGGAACUUAUGGAUCAUGGAAUUGUUUCAUGGGAUAUAUUAGAAACACCUUUUAUUAAUAAAGUAGCAAGCUAUGUAAACAAUCUGGCUACAAACCAAGAUACUAUUAUUGUUGAAGCCUCACUUAGCAUUCUUGAAAAUAUAGUAUUGAAUUCUUCAGGAAAAUAUGAACAAGUUGAAAAAGAAGUAACCUUUCCCAAUUUAGUGAUGCAUUUACAAAGUAUGCGUCCACAAAUGCAACAAAAUGCAAUAGCUCUAAUGAAUGCCUUAUUUCUAAAGGCUGAUUUGUCUAAACGUAGAGCUGUUGCUGCAACCCUCCAAUCUAAGCAAGUUAGACAUGUGUUUUUGACACAAAUUAUACAGUCUGUUGGUCCGGUUGGUGCAGAAAUGGCACACCAAUUGUAUGUUUUACAAACAUUAAUGUUAAGUUUGUUGGAGCAACGUAUGAUGACAAAAAUGGACCCACAAGACCAAGAUGCACAUGACAAAAUUAAAGAACUUAGAAAAAUUGCUUUUGAUACAGAAGGAGCUAUAAGUGGAGAUGUCACAGCUCGAAAACAAGGUCUUUUUGCUAAAGAUUAUAAAAAAUUGGGUUUUAAAUAUGACAUCAAUCCUGCUCUUGAUUUUACUGAAACUCCACCAGGCAUGCUUGCCCUUGAUUGCAUGGUUUAUUUUGCACGUAAUCAUACUGAAGGCUACACUAAAGUUGUUCUAGAAAAUUCUUGCAGAGCAGAUGAACAUGAAUGUCCUUUUGGUAGGACAAGUGUGGAACUUGUUAAAUUACUUUGUGAAGUAUUACAUAUUGGAGAAGCACCUAGUGAACAAGGACAAUUGUAUCACCCUAUGUUUUUUACACAUGAUCAUCCAUUUGAAGAAUUCUAUUGUGUAUGCAUAGUUCUUUUAAAUAAGACCUGGAAGGAGAUGAGAGCCACCACUGAAGAUUUUGUAAAAGUGUUUUCUGUUGUAAGAGAACAGAUCACUAGAGCACUUCAAUGUAAACCUACAGGGUUAGAUAAAUUUAAAAUUAAAUUACAACAAUUAACAUAUUCAACAAUUACUAACCUCUGGCAACAAGAAAGAACUACUAGAGAAGAAUGGGAAAGUCAUGCAAGACCAAUUGUUGAACUUAGAGAACAAAUUACACCUGAAAUUUUGGAACUUAUUCAACAACAACGUUUAGGCUUUUUAGUAGAAGGCACAAGAUUUAUGAAAUACAGUGCCAGGGGACAGAGAAUCAAGGAUAAAUUUUGGUAUGUUCGACUUUCGCCAAAUCACAAAGUAUUUCAUUAUGGUGACUGUGAUGACAAGUCGGUACCAACAAUUGACGAACUUCCUACAAAAUUAGCUGUUGUUGAAAUCCGGGGUUUAUUGACUGGUAGAGAAUGUCCGCAUAUGAAAGAUUUACAGAGACGAAAAAAUACACAUCAGUUAGUGUUCUCUUUAAUGUUAGAUUCUGUAGAAGUUUCAAGUUUAGAUUUUGUUGCUCCUGAAGAAAAAGUUUUUGAUUAUUGGACUGAUGGUAUUAACGCUUUACUUGGUAAUGAAAUGACUAGUAAGGAGGCGAAAGCCGAUUUGGAAACAUUAUUAUCUAUGGAUAUUAAAUUGAAACUUUUAGAUGCAGAAGGAAUCGAUAUUCCUCAAGAUCCGCCUGUUAUUCCUGACCCUCCACCAAAUUACGAUUUUUGCUACGAGUUAAAGUAA